CUUGGGCAAGUCUCGUGUGAACUUGUUCCCCCCAGGCCAAACCGGCCUACAGAAGGUAUACUCUUCUUUAAUGUUGAGCUCUCACCAAUGGCUGCACCUGGUUUUGAGCCUGGCAGGCAAUCCGAGUUACUGGUGGAACUGAACAGCCUCAUAGAACGAUGCCUGAGAAAUUCGGAAUGUAUAGAUACUGAAUCUCUCUGUGUUGUUGCUGGUGAAAAGGUUUGGCAAAUUCGUCUGGACCUGCACGUGUUAAAUCAUGAUGGUAACAUGAUUGAUGCUGCUAGCAUCGCAGGAAUUGUAGCUCUGUGUCAUUUUCGCAGACCAGAUGUAUCUGUGCAAGGAGAGGAAGUAACUGUGUAUGCUCCUGAGGAACGUGAUCCUGUCCCCUUGAGUAUCCACCACAUGCCUAUUUGUGUCAGUUUUGCCUUCUUCCAGCAAGGGACCUACUUAUUGGUGGAUCCAAGUGAACGAGAGGAACGUGUAAUGGAUGGCUUCCUUGUAAUUGCCAUGAACAAACAUCGUGAAAUUUGUACCAUCCAGUCCAGUGGAGGGAUUAUGCUAGUAAAGGAGCAGGUUCUGAGAUGCAGUAAAAUAACAGCUGUUAAGGUUACCGAAAUAACAGAAGUAAUUCAGAAAGCCUUGGAGAAUGACCAGAAAGUCAGGAAAGAAGGUGGGAAGUUCGGCUUUGCAGAAUCUAUACCGAAUCAAAAGAUCACUUCCUUCAAAAUGGAAAGCGCUGCUGUUGAUACUAACAAUGUGGAAGAACAAGCAGAAGAAAUCAUCACUAAAGCUGACCCUCCUUCAGAAGUUUUUGCAAAACCAAUAUUGCACACUCCUGGGACAGCCCAAAUUGGGGAAGGAAUAGAGGACUCCUGGGGAGACCUUGAAGAAUCUGAGAGGGAGGAAGCAGUGGAAGAGGAGGGUGAAAGUGAGGUUACUGCUUUUGAAUGUCAGAAAAUGGAAACUGAGGAUACAAGUACAAUGAAGGAAACUAAGGAGGAUGAACCUAUUGUACUGUCUGACAGUGAAGAGGAAGAAGUUAUCAUUCUGGAACCCCAAGAACUACCAAAGAAAACAAGAACACAGGCCAACUCGAAGCAAGAAAAUACAAGUAAGAAAGCAUGUAACAAAAAGAGGAGAAAAAAGAGAGCUGCUCAUUAA